AAUAUUGACAUUGCAGCUCAAUUCCAAUGUCACUCUAGAUUUAGUAUUGCCAGCACAAUACAAUUCCUCUGCUAAAUACCUGCAUCCAAACGCAGCUUAACACAAAUCGACCUCGCACCACCGACUGACGUGGAAUCGCACUCGCCGCACCCGAGCACCUGCAGCGGAGCCAUGGAGGACCGGCUGAGCAGCCUCCCCGACGACCUCCUCCUCUCCAUCCUCCGCGACCUCCCGCUCAAGCACGCCGCUCGCACCAGCGCCCUCUCCCGGCGGUGGGUGCCCCAGUGGAUCCGCGCGCUCGCCGACUCCCCGGUUCUCGACUUCACCGACCGGGACUUCGCCCACGGGCAGCCGGCGGACCGGGCUGCGGCCACGGUGGGUCGCUGCCUCCGGCUCCACGCCGAGCACGGCGCGCCGCUCGACGCGUUCCGCGUGGCGCUGGUGUCCCCGCCGGGGCCCGGCUACGGCGCGUUCGGGCGGGACGUCAUCGGGUGGAUCGCGGCCGCCGUGGCGAGGGGCGCCAGGGAGGUGGAGGUGGACCUGACGCCGUCGCAGGAGGGCGCCGAUCACGGGAGCGCCGCGUUCCUGGAGCUCCCCGGCGACCUGUUCCGGUCAAGGAGCUCGCUGGAGCGGCUCGCGCUCGGCCGGCUCAGCCUCCGCGCCGUUCCGCUCCCCGCGGCCGGGCUCGCCGGCCUCCGCUCGCUCUCCCUCAGCCACACCGACGUCACCGACGAGGCGCUCCGGGGCGUGCUCGCCACCUGCCGCGCGCUCGAGUCCCUGAGCCUGCGGUGCUGCUCCCUCCUCACCGAGGUGAGCGUCGCCAGCGAGCGGCUGCGGGCCCUGGAGCUCCUGGGCUGCCGGGCCGUGCGCGAUCUCCGGGUCGCCGCGCCCGCGCUCGAGUCGUUCGCCAUGUACGGCGACGUCAUCCUGAGCGCCGCCGCCGUCGACUGGUACGAGACCGUCUCCGUCGACUUCGCCGCAGCGCCGGCGCUGCGCGACGUGUACCUCUCGCACAUGGACGGCUGCGGUGACUUGGACCUGAAUUUCGACUACUACUACCCCUUCGUGUACUACGUCCUGCAUACCCGUGUCUUGACGCUCUGCUCCUUCGGCUUGGUGGUGCCGGUUUUUUCAGAGGACGGGGAUGAUUAUAACUGCAUGGAUCGUGUUCCUUAUACAUAUGUGAACCGCGAUAAGUUCCCAUACGUAGACAUGCCCAACCUCCAAGAGCUGCAGCUGCUGCUGGGCUGCAUACAAGAAGAAGGCGAUUGGAACCCUCGGCACCCUGAGCGCGUGUACACUUUCUUCUACUCAACCUCACUUCCAGUCCUCGAACGGCUCUUUAUCCGUCUCUCCAGAAAUCCAGCAAAGGAGGUUGAGGACUCGGACUCGGACGAGGACGAGGACGAGUACUUGAGCGACAGAGCCGUCAGCCGCCUGCUGACUUUCGGCCUGCUGACUUUCAUCAAGGUUGUGAAUUUUAGGGGAACAUGGCGCGAGCGGCGGCUGAUCAGGUACUUGCUGCUGAGGGCUCCGAUCCUCGAGCAGCUGGUGCUGGUCACGCCGGAAGGAGGAUUAGGAGCCCCGGGAUUCGAGCACGUGGAGGGCAUCCAGGAGUGGGUGUCGGCGCGGCAGAAGGCGUCGCGCGAGGCACGCACCUCCGUGUACCGGCCCAGCGAAGACGACAGCCCGAACCAUGCCCACACGAGGAUCUUCAAUGAGGAGUAUUGCUGCAUGCAUCAAGGAUGAUUUUAUCCAUUAACAGGAUUUCUUUGUUUGUAACAGAAUUAUGUUUUGAGUUGUUUUAGGAUGCUCGAUCUGCUCUAUUCUAGUACCUUUUAGUUGUACCAUGGUUGUGUUGUCUCUGUGACUCUGUUCGUAUCAACUUGCUCUCCUCCCUUUCCCGGCAUGAAAC